GCCGACGCAUGUAGUCCAGAACCGCGAUUCUAUUUUACGAUUCACUGUUCGCUGUGGACUCCUGCAUUGCGCGUUUUAAAGCGCCACUCGCGUUGCUGUAUUUGUUUCGCGUGUUUAAAAGGUGGCGACAGAAGUGUAGGUCUCCUUUUUAUGAUCAUUUGAAACUGGACACCGCUGGCGUCUGAGGCCCCUCUUUUCCGCGCGGAGGAAUACGUUGUUGCUGCUGACAAUGUGGAUGGAGGUGGUUAAGAUGUCUACUAGAAGAAUGAAUUCAUCUCAAUUGUAGCAACAAAAAAAGAAGAGAGUCGCCGGGGAGAGAGACUGUUUGGAUACCGACCGUUCGCUUUUGUGUUUUUUAAAGCGUGGAUUUUCUACCGAAGGAUGUUUAAAGCGGGGUUAGGAGCCGUUUCGCGGUGAUACGAGGCUUUUCAAUGCGCUGAGCUUCAAAUUCUCUUCAAGUUUGUUGUUUUUUUUUCUCCCGCGAAGAGUCAGCCUUUGCCUUAUUGCCGCUGGAUGUCAAACAUCUGAUAAAGAAAGGGCUCAUUAAAGACAGUGGGGCAUGAACGAGCAGCAGGACCACACAAUGGCGGUCGAAACAGAUAAGGAACUCAGCGACCUCUUGGAUUUUAGUGCGAUGUUUGCGCCCCCUGUAGCCAAUGGAAAGAACCGGCCAACCACGCUUGCCAGCAGUCAAUUCAGUGGCUCAGGCUUGGACGAGCGCAGCAGUUCCAGUCCUUGGGCUGCUGGAGAGCAGGGCAGCCCUUCAUUCAACCAGGAACGGAGUUAUGUUGAGGGCUCACACUACAGCGAGCAUGAUGGGCUAUCUUCCCCAUUCCUUAGCUCAGGGAUUGGCGGUAAGAAUGAAAGAGGGCCUUACUCCACAUUUAGUUCACAGCCCGGGUUCCUGCCUUCAGACAUAGUGAUGACCAGUGCAGAUGCCAUGUCUCCCUCAGGCCUGAAGUCUGGCUCUCAGUUUUACCCCUCAUACGGCAGUAACCCCCGCAGACGCCCUCCAGAUGGAAGCAUUGACACUCAGCCAAAAAAGAUUCGGAAGCCUCCAGGACUACCGUCUUCUGUCUAUGCCUCCACGUCUGGUGAUGAGUAUCCCCGGGACGGCGUGGGUUAUCCAGGCUCCAAAACGGGUCCUGUGUACCCUGGCUCGUUCUACAUGCAAGAGGGUCUGCACCCAUCAUCUGAUCCCUGGGCACCCUCUGGACCUCUGGGCCAGUCAGGCUACUCAGCCAUGCUGGGUAACUCGCCCCACAUCAGCCAGCCUGGCUCCUUCACUGCCAUCAAUCCACAGGACAGGAUGAAGCGCCAGCCGCUGCCUCUGUCCCCGCAAAACUACCCUCUACACGGAGCUGACGUCAACGGGUUCCACUCAGGCUCCGGAUCUUACAACCACACGUCCUCCAUUAAUGGAACAGACAGCAUUAUGGCCAGUAGAAGCUCAGCCACAGGCAGCUCGGGGGAUGAGAUUGGAAAAGCUUUGGCUUCGAUCUACCCAUCAGACCACAACAGCAACAAUUUCCCCUCCACGCCUUCCACUCCAGUUGGUUCCCCCCAGGGCAUUGCAGGUGCUACACAGUGGCCAAGACCUGCAGGCCAGACAGCUCUUUCACCUAGCUAUGAAGGUGGACUACAUGCACUUCAGAACAAAAUGGAUGACCGCCUGGAGGAGGCAAUCCAUGUGCUGCGCAGUCAUGCGGUUGGUGGGGCCCACUCGGAAGUGCACAGCCUAUUGGGUGCCGUGUCCUCGUCCGUUCAUAACGGAGCUCUGGGAGGCCUCUCUCAGAGCUUUUCUAGUGCUGGACUAGCUCUGGGUAACAGACAUCCUUCCAUGGCUGCAAGCCACCACAAUGACCCUGCAUGCCUUCCUCCUAGCACCAGCCUAUUACAGACAUCCCAUGCCUCAGGCACCCCACAGCCUGCAGGAGCACCAGAGGGUUUCAGCAGUUUGCCAGGAGGCUUAGCCUCAAACAGUGCUGACAUCAAGAGGGAAGACAAAGAAGACGAUGAGAACUCCUCAGUGGCAGAUAAGUCUGAAGAUGACAAGAAGGACACCAAAGGGUCUCGCAACAAGCCCAGAAAGGAGGCGUUUUCCCUCCAGACUCUUUCAAGUGUUUCAGACCAGGGAGAAGAUCAAGAUGAAGACGAUGAAGACCUGCCAGCUGAGGUGAAAGUAGAGCGAGAGAAGGAGAGAAGGGUGGCCAAUAAUGCGCGAGAGCGACUGCGCGUGCGUGACAUCAACGAGGCCUUCAAAGAACUUGGCCGAAUGUGUCAGCUGCACCUGAGCACGGACAAACCACAGACCAAGCUGCUGAUCCUACACCAGGCUGUCAACGUCAUCCUCAACCUGGAGCAGCAAGUGCGGGAGCGCAAUCUAAAUCCGAAGGCAGCGUGUCUGAAGCGACGGGAGGAAGAAAAGGUGUCUGGUGUGGUGGGCGACUCUCAGAUGCAGCUGUCGGGAGCCCACCCUGCAUUGGGAGGAGAUGGGCACAAUCCUGUCAGUCAUAUAUGAGGAUCCAGCACAGUUUUCUUGGCUCAUGGAAGAAGUGGCCUUUUAUCUCUUCCUUCAUCCUCUUCAGAGUGUGUGCACGCACAUGUGCGUAUGUUGACAUGGAAAGUAAAUGAAUGAAAUGUAUGAGGUGUAUCUUCACACAUCCUGAAUCGCAAGAGUACUGCCAAAACUGACACAGCCCAUUUUACCGCACUCCUGACCAUAAUUACCAGCGUAAAUGUGAAGAACUCUCUCUGUGGGUUUUUUUCUUCUUCUUUUUUUUGUAUUUUUCUGAUUCCACGAAAAGAUGGAACACAGGGAUAGUUAUGUUGCAUCUGCUAUGGACAUUUCCCACCCCACUGCUGAGAGUGAGAGGAUGAAAACAAAUGUCUGAAUUUAAUCAAGGAUUUGUGCCUAAUUGUUACAUUUUAUAAGAGACACUGAAGCAGAUUGCUUAAAUGUGUGGAACAAAUCUGUUUGGAAGUUGCGUGUAUAUGAGCAAUGUUUUAUGUAGCUUGGCAUUCCCUCCUUAAAGGUACAGUCUUACAUGUGUUGUGAAACCAAACCCAUGGGACAUGGGAGAGAACCUGUGGUGCUUCUGGUGACUGCAUAUCCCACAUUACCCUGUUUCUAUGUUGGGAAGAAAGCUCACAGACCAGCUCAACUCAUCAGACUAUUGCAAAACAAAUACUUUCCAUCCAGGCUGAGAUUUUUCAGUCUUUAAAUGCUCUUCAGAAUUUUUUAAGCAUCACGAGACUUUUACUCAGCUCUUGCCGUAUCGCUGGCCCCUGUCCUGCCAGCCAGAGCCAACACGCAGCUCACAGAAUCACUCCGAAGGUGUCUUGUCUACUCACUUGCAAGUAUUUGGUACGUUUCUAUGAAAUAAAUUCCCCUAGGUUGCUGCCCUGCGCUCUGAUACCCGCUUGCAGUGUGUCGACCUCAGCAUUCCUUCUUGUUUCCUCUUUUCCCUGCUCCUGUUUAAACCCACAGUAAAGCUGCCAGGCGUCUUGGCCUUUUCCUCUCCGCCUCCUGUCAGCAGUGUGAGACAUGCUUGGCCUGUCUGCCCAUAUAGAUGAAGAUAAUCUCAGAUUGGCAGAGUAGAAAACCCAACAGCUCUGCCUCUCAUUCUUUUGUCCUUCCAAAACAUCGUACCACCAGGAUGAACAGUUCAGUUGAGGGCAUUUCCUUUGAAGAGGGGUAUCUUUUACACACAGUGACCCACUCUCACUGAUUGUUGCCAAAAGACUGAAGCCUCGUACAUAUGUCCACCUUGCACACGCAAAGGAUAUUAUUUCAACUUGAGCAAACGUAAGAAUAUAUAUAGAUAUAAAUAUAUAUAUAUAUAUUUUUGGUUAGUAUAUACAUUGUAGAUUUUUAAAAAAAAGAAUAAAAAUGACCACUAUUAGCUUGAAGUGCAGAAAAUAUAUUGUGCAAGUGAGAGCAGGGACAAGUAUGAUGGAGUGAGGGGAGAAGUACAUUUUCGUAACGGCCCCAGAUUGUUUGCAUAAUGUUCAAUUCAGGUCCAUUCUAUUCAACUAUGCUCCACCACCUCAACACGUGGACAAUGUUUGUACAUGUAACGUUUACUCAGUAUUUUGCUGUGUUUAGGCUUCAUUUAGUUCUCCUGUCACAAAGGACAUAAAGGAGCGCAUUGAUUCUGAUAUUUGAGAAUGCUUGGAGGCCUGUUAUGUUAAAGCUUUUGUGAUUUUUCUAUGUUUAUUGAUAGUUGAAAUUCUUUCCUUUCAUUAGGGAAGGUCAGUAACACAGUAUGCCACUGUUUGUAAUUACAGUUCCCUUCAUAUUGAAAUGUUCUUAUGGAAUGACAUAGUUAUACAGCAGUUAUAAAGCAAAUAUCGCCCAACUUUGUUUCAGUUUUGACUAAGGAACACAUUAUGCAACUGGUUUUGAAUGUACGUUCAAAUAUAGAUUAUAUCCUUAUUUGCUAUACACUAAAUUACUGCCAGUUCAGUUCACAUUAAUUUAGUUUCAUGUUACAAUAUAUAUAUAUAUAUCUAUCCAUUUCUGGGAAAAGCAGUUAUUUUGUGUGAUAACAUGGGUGGUUUGGUGUGUAUGUAAGUUAAAAAUAGUGUUAAUUCCUAGUAGCUAUGCUGACAGUGACAUGUCCACAGCUAUUUAGUGUCCAUAAUGGACACUUGAUGUACCAUCAAGUACCAAUAUUUGUUUUCAAAAAGAGAUUGUUGUAAUGCAUAUCAGUUACUGGAAAAUACAUAUAAUUGAAUUUUGGAACAUUUUUCAAUGUGGCCUUUUCACUCUCGAGACUCAUGCUGAGAGUGGUGCCUUAUCAGUGCCUGAAGUUUUUUUUUUUUAAUAUAUAUAUUGUCCCGAAUUUGUUAUAGUAAAGGCACGCAUAUGAAGUUUCUCAACUGACAUUUCAUUUUUAAGAAAAAGGAAUCAGCCUUUCCAUAAAGUUGUACAUUUAUGAUUAGGCCUUUUUUGUGUGUUUUGUAAGUCAUCUAUGGACUCAUAUUUUUGUCUACUCUGUGUAACCUAUUUUUCGUUGUCUUGUCCCUUUUUUUGCUGUUUGUUUAUCUCUGACAUUGAUUCUGAUGAUAUGUUGGUUUCUGUCUCAAAGUCCUUAUGGUCUAGAAAGCACAUCAAAAUAUGGGAGAAGGCUUCUCCACAAGGAGUUUAAACACUAGACUGUUAGCAGUAUUCUUCAUCACCAGCCAAAUAAUGGGGCCCCUUCUUAAACAUGUCUUAGAAAAGUCUGCCUGUUGGACUUUGUCCGGUGGUCAACACAGACUGUUGCAGCCUCUGGAAUAGGAUUUUGGUUCAGAUUUUUAAAUAAGUAAUAAGGUUAUCCUUUUUUUAAAUUGAUUCAGCAACCUUGCUCUGUCCCACAACACUUGCAGCCAGCAUCAGCUCAGAAAAGACAGUCACUGCAUCUUCCAUGAAACCCAUUCAAUGCUUUUAACGCACUGUUUACUGAUCUGGUCCCACAUGUGAAAUGCAUUACAACUGAUGAUAGAAAAAGAGAGAAAGUAUUUUGCAGGGGAAGUGCUUCAGUCUGGCUUUGAAGCUGCAUUAUUGGGAGAUUUAAUGAUUUAGUUUGUUAAAGGCAGAGACCAUUGUAUUCCAUAAAACCCUUUCAAAGCUCUGAAAACGUCGACAGGCAUGGCAGAAAAAAAAUACAUUUCAGCUCAAUAGAGAGAGCAAGAUGUGCUAUUUCAUGGGCAGUGUUUCAGAUCUAUCAGCAUUAACAUUUAUGUAUUCAGUUUGUAUCUAUUUGCAGCAAAAAAAAGAAAGAAAAACAACUAUACAUAGACUGGCUUCUUAUACUUUCAGUAGGGACAUGAACAAAACUGCUGUUGUGUCUUCAGAGUGCCUCCUUGUGUGUGUGUGCGCAUGUGUGCGUGUGUAUUUUUGGUCUCUUUUAUUUUGGUCUUUGUUUUUAUAAGUAUAUAUAUAUAAAGUAGGUAUUGAGAACCUGUCCUGUAUAUAACAGUAAUGUAGCAAUAAAUGUGCCAUUUUUAAUAACAGAAUUAUACGUUUUUUUUUCAAUGUCUGGCUUCGAAUCUUGUAUACCUUGAAAAGAGUUAAAUAAAUGAAAUUGUAAAAAAAAAGAAAAGUCUUAUCAUUACUUGCAGCACCUACAAAACCCCUGGAAAAAAAAGUGAAAAAAAGUGAAAAAUAUUUCUGGAAUCACUUACAAAUUUAGCCAUUAAAUAUCAAUAUUUAUUUUUCCACUAAUAUUAAGGUGCACCAAAAAGGUAAAAUAUAUGAAAAGAAAAUUGUCUUACACUUAACAUGGUACACCAG